AUGCGUAUCCUCGGCUUUGUGCCUGACAACGAAAAGCACAUGACGUCUUGCAAGAGCGAAAGCCCUGACUUAGUGCAGAUAAACGCUGGUGGAAAAGAGCUCGAAGUGUCCUUGCAUUUUUUGAUUCCAUCAUACGGCCAAGCCUGCCCUACUCUUGCCAGCCCCAUUCUCAAUAUGGCCUUAAACCUGGAAAAACAACUCCUUUUUUACGGUGCCUACCAUAAUAAUCCUGUAAAUGUCGCCAUCCAUGUUACAUGUGUGCCGAUCCUUUUAUUCACGGGAAUUGCGCUGGCUUCGAAUUCUCCUGCCCUCUUCAACGUCCCCGAUGUCCUUCACGUUGAGAAUCUCCCUGCCAAUCUCGGAACGAUUGGCGCGUUAACUUACUCCAUCUUCUACAUCCUACUAGAGCCCGUCGCCGGUGGCCUUAUUGCACCACUCGUGAUCGGGGGUGCAGCAUUUGCAAACCACCUGCUAGCCACUUACGGCGCCAGCAUGAAUUACUGGUUCGGAGGUAUCCAUAUUGUGUCAUGGUUGGCACAGUUUGUCGGCCAUGGGGUUUUCGAAGGUAGGGCCCCUGCUUUACUGGACAACUUGGUCCAAGCCUUCCUCCUGGCUCCGUUGUUUGUCUGGAUGGAGGUCCUCUUCUUCUUCGGAUAUCGUCCAGAGUUAAAGGCCAGAUAUGAUGAAAACGUCAAGAAGGAAAUUUCAGCUUUCAAGGAGCAGAAGAAGGCCGCGAAACAAUGA